AUGAACUUCGAGACCAUUGCCGCCCAGGCGGCCCACCAGAUCGAUCCGGCCACGGGGGCGGUCGCGCCUCCCAUCUACCUUUCGACCACCUUCGAGCGGGACGCGGACGGCGAGUACUCGCGUGGGUUCGUCUACUCCCGUGUUGACAAUCCAAACCGCCAUGCCCUGGAAGAGUGCCUCGCCCUGCUGGAGGGUGGGGAAACAGGAAACGCGGCGAGCGCUGCCUUCGCCUCCGGUUCGGCGGCUACCGCUGCCGUGUUCCAGGCCCUGGCUCCCGGCGACCACGUGAUCGCGCCGGACGACUGCUAUCACGGCACGUCGCGCAUGCUCCGUGAGGUGUUCGCGCCGUGGGGCGUCGAGACCUCGUUCGUCGACAUGACCGAUGCGGACGCAGUGCAGCGCUCCGUGCGCCCCAACACGCGCCUGGUCUGGGUCGAAACGCCGUCCAAUCCCUUGCUCAAGAUAACCGACAUCGCGCGGAUGGCCGCCAUCGCCCAUUCGGCCGGCGCUGCGUGCGCCUGCGACAACACCUGGGCCAGCCCGAUGCUGCAGCGACCCUUCGAAUCGGACGCCGAUCUGGUCGUGCAUUCGACCACCAAGUAUCUGAGCGGACACGAGGAUGUGACCGGUGGCGCUGUGGUCGGUCGUGAGGACUCCCCCUUCUUCCAGCGGGUCCGGCUGAUCCAGAACCUGUGCGGCGCGGUGCCGUCGCCCUUCGAUUGCUGGCUCACCCUGCGCGGCAUCCGGACGCUGCCGGUGCGGAUGCGGGCCCACUCAGCCAAUGCGGGUCAACUGGCGCGGUUCCUGGAGGACCACUCCCAAGUGUCCGCGGUGCACUAUCCGGGGCUACCGGACCAUCCGGGCCACGAUAUCGCCGCCCGGCAGAUGUCCGACUUCGGCGGGAUGCUGUCCUUCCAGGUUGCCGGCGGGCGUGAGGCAGCGAUGGCCGUCGCAGCCGGGGUGAAGCUGUUCGUGCGGGCCACCAGCCUGGGCGGGACGCAGAGCCUGAUCGAGCACCGGGCGUCCAUUGAAGGACCGGACACCACGACGCCGGACGACCUGCUGCGGGUAUCCGUGGGGCUGGAGAACGCCGACGACCUGAUAGGCGACCUCGCCCAGGCUUUGGGGUAA